AUGGCCUCCGUUCGAGUGCGUCGCAAGGCUGCUCGUAUGGCCCUAUCUCCCAAUGUCUCUAGGCAAUCUAUGCCUCCACCAGACAAGCCCCGUUCUUCAAGAUCACGCGCCGGACCUUUUGCCUCAAUGAAUCAGACUGAAGCACGAGUUCGGGACACUCCACGAGCACGAUCCCAGGCGGCCCUUAAACGUUCAGGGGAGGAGGGCAAGGUGGAAAAGAAGGACAGCCCACUGUAUAAGGCUUUGAAGAUGCAAACGAUGCUGUCACCAAUCAAUUACGGCAAGCGUGCUGCCGUCAAGGCCAAGCUUGCCAGUCUCGACAGUUUCGACCACUUCCCUCUCCUCCCAGCAGUGCGACAAUCGAUCUUCCUUCAAGCUCUGCCUGGUCUCUCCGAUAUCCAGCCUACGCCCAUCCAACGGCUCGCAAUCCCCGAGCUCCUUAAAGAAGAGCCUAGGAAAAGGCGUCACGCAAAGAAGACAGAUGAAGAAGAAUACCCUUACGACCAGUACCUCUUGGCAGCGGAGACCGGCUCAGGCAAAACCCUUGCAUACUUGCUCCCAGUCGUCGAUGCUGUCAAGCGUGCUGAGGCUCGUGAGAAGGAGGAACACAAGGCCAUUGAAGAGCAGAAGGCACGGGAGCGGGAGGAGAGAAUGAAGAACAAGUCAUUCGAUCUGGAGCCCGAGGAGCCGCCUAUGACGAAUGCUGCUCGUCCCCGUGCCAUCAUUCUUGUCCCAACUUCUGAACUGGUUUCUCAGGUGGGAGCCAAACUCAAGGAAUUGGCCCACUCAGUCAAGUACCGCUCCGGUGCCAUCGCAGCAACCUUCACCCCUCGUCGGAUUUCAAACGCCAUCCUCCACCCAAACGGCAUCGACAUUCUUGUUUCAACCCCGCAUCUCCUAGGCUCUAUUGCGAAAACGAAUCCCAAUAUCCUCAGCCGAGUCACUCACCUCGUUCUCGAUGAAGCCGAUUCUCUGAUGGACAAGUCCUUCAUCCCAACAACCACCGAGAUCAUCUCCAAGGUCACCCCGUCACUCAAGAAACUGAUUCUUUGCUCGGCCACCAUUCCCCGCAGUCUUGACAACCAGUUGCGCAAGCGCUACCCCGAUAUCAAACGACUGACGACUCCCAACCUCCACGCCAUUCCUCGUCGCGUCCAGCUGGGUGUCGUAGACAUAGACAAGGAGCCGUACCGCGGCAACCGAGACCUCGCUUGUGCCGAUGUCAUCUGGUCUAUUGGAAAGGCAGGCGAGAGAUCCGAUCAAACGGAGACAUGGGGGCCCCUCAACGCAUACAUGGACCCGAAGAUCAAGAAGAUCAUCGUAUUCGUCAACGAGCGCAAGGAAGCAGACGAUGUCGCCAACUUCCUCCGAACAAAGGGUAUCGAUGCCGUCUCUCUGUCCCGUGACACCGACUCCCGAAAGCAAGAGGAAACCCUCGCCGAGUUCACCGAGGAGAUCAUGCUCCAAAAGAAGAACGCCCGCGCCUCCAAGAGCAUUCCCUUUGAGCUUCCUGAGCGCAAAGAGCCCAUCCGCAAGCUUGCCGACACCAAGGUUCUCGUCACCACCGAUAUCGCCUCCCGUGGUAUCGACACCCUAGCCGUCAAGACAGUAGUCCUCUACCAUGUGCCCCACACAACCAUCGACUUCAUCCACAGACUGGGUCGUCUCGGCCGUAUGGGCAAGCGUGGCCGUGGUGUCGUCUUGGUAGGCAAGAAGGACCGCAAGGACGUUGUCCGCGAAGUCCGAGAGGGUAUGUACCGUGGACAGGCGCUGAUCUAG